AAUGCGCUCAGCGGCUACAAAUUGUCCAGGACGGGUAAACUUAAACUGAAUUCAACUGAUGAAAGUGCACUUCAUAUGCUCUCAAAAGAUAUUAUCUACUACUCAUGGACGUCAUAGCUUGGCACACGGACAUCUUGUUGUCACAAACACUUUGGAAAAAUUUAAGACUGCUGACAAAGUUCACCUUCUAUCUGAAGCUGGACGAAGGGUAUGGGAAUCAAUUGUCUCUGGUAGAGCAGUUGACAACCCGUCACUACUUGUGCAGUUCUUUUUGUUUACUUUUGCUGACUUGAAGAAGUAUUACUUUUACUACUGGUUUGCUUUUCCUGCGCUUUGCCCUGAGGACACAGUUGUGGCUGAAGAAGCGGUUUCUAUUGAGACAUGUUUUAAUUCAAAGCAAAUGAGUACUUUGCAGUCUAGAUGGGCCAAACUGCCAACGUCGAGUGAUCGAAGUUUCUUCUUGGUGGCUGUUAGUGGUGAUGGAGUUGACGUUGCUCUACUUAAAGAUUACGAAACCUUCUGUAAAUUUCAUCCAAAGGUCUUAAAGUCAGCAGAGUUGUUCUUUCCUUCUUGAUCUUUCGACUUAAGUGACAAAGUGUUCAGCAGACGGUCAGCGGCAACUCCCCAGGUAGCCAAAGUGCUCAAACACUACAGCAAAUCCACUCAGCGUGGCACAAUUGACGACCUCUUUACUCCAGGGAUGAGCAAGUGAAAUAUCCAUCUCCUGAUCAGACAACUUACUACCUGUGUCGCAUAUGAGAAUAUCAGGCAUUCUGACCAAGAGUUUACAAUGGAGUCAUGAGCCCAAAUGGGACCUCCUCCGUGUUUUGAUGAAAAAUAAUUUUAGAUUUUAGGUGAAGUCUUUGCUGAGAUAAAGCAGGUCAAAGUUGGUUCCGGUUCUUCAAGUUCCGAUAAUGGGCGUGGUGUAUGUACACGUCACAGAGGGCAGACUCCACGCUAGCGUGUUCUGUCAACAAAGGAAUCUGUGCCGAAAGAAUGGUUUGGUGUUGUGUGGCUGUACCAAUUCGUGCAAGUCAUAUGCAAGCUUGUUUUGAUUUCCGAAGAUCUCUAAGCUAAGAAAACAGUGGGAAUCGCAAAUAAGGAGGACAAUUGCAGAGAAGUUUGUGUCGUAGGGGCGACCUCUGAGGACGACGCAUCCUACUGAGUGGACAGGAGUCUGUAGUAGCCACUUUUACCCUGAUUGCUUUGAGAUACGUACAGCCAGGUCUAUUCAAGAACUUGGUCUGGGUUGUAGAAGAGCGAAAUUGAGGCCACCAUUUUCCAUCUACCUGCCCCCACACUUCAAGAUCGCAGCACUCUGCAAAAGAAAAGGAGCGCCACAUUUGAGAAGUGGGAAAAAUGAGGUUAAGGAAGAAUCUCGUGCAAGACUAAAAGUACGUCAAAUGGGUAGGAGAGGUCAGACUCUUGAUUGCUAGACUUGCGUUUAGGUGCUAUCCUCAUGUGUAGUGAAUGCAGUCGUAUUCAUUACAGUAUACUGUACA